AUGGGGUUCAUUUGUGCUCUCCUGCUGCUCGUCAUCACACUGCAGCACAUCAGCAUCACAGCAGAGAGAGACCUGUUAAAGACUUACAAGAACACAGUUGAAGAGCUCAGUCACACCAUCAGCAGCUUACAGCACAACAACACUGGUCUCCAGCUGGUGUUUGUCAGUCUCCAGAUCAGAGUCGAUGAUCUCAGUGCUCAGAACAACCAGUUACAGAACAACUUCAGCUCUCUGAGUCUGGAGAAACUGGAGCUAGAAAACAGAGUCACGUCAUUGACUAAUGAACUGAGAGAAAAAACUAAGCAAGGAAACCUGUGCGGUCCGGUUUGUUUUUUCAAAUCGAAUGAAGCCAAGAGCUGGUCUGACAGCAGGCAGUUCUGCAGGGAUCACGGAGCUGAUUUGGUCAUUAUUAACACUGAAGAGAAGCAGAAACUCAUAAUGUCGUCUAUUGAUGAGAGAGUGUGGAUCGGUUUGUCAGACACAGAGGACGAGGGCAACAUGACAUGGGUGGAUAAUUCACCACUGAAUCAAGGGUUUUGGAUGGAAUGGGAGCCGAAUAAUGCAGAUGGAAAUGAGGAUUGCGUCGAGCUGAUGCUGCCGUCACACGCCAUCAAGAACUGGAAUGAUCUGAAAUGUUCAGAAAUGAGGAAAGGGAUUUGUGAGAAAUAG